AUGAAGCAGGAUAUCGCUAGAGUAGGGCAUGGGAUCAACAAUAUACUGGCAAUUGAAAUCACAUAUGCUGCUCGUUUUAUUCGAGUGGAAGAUGGUGUGGUGAAUGUGCUUGCUAUGGCCAAAGCAUCUUUCUCUGUCUUUGUCAGAUUUGUUCUUUAUGUAGAGAUUCACGAGGGACGUGGGAAUGGUAUCGCCAUGUCUUACAUCAACCAUACCCUAUGGAACGAUGAUCUUGAAAGCGUGAAUAAGCGGUAUCAGCCUGCACCAUCCACUUAUACCCAGUGUAAACAUAAGCACAUUCUCACCAUUUAUCCAGUCAGAUACCAUAACCCCAUGCAUGCCAGAUGCGCAUCUAAGUGCUCAGCAAGUGGAAGCGAUAUUAGCAUUGAUAGAAAUAGAAGAACAAGUCGCAAUAGUAGAGGCAAAAAGGAAUGGGUAGGGGUGGUAGCGGUAGAAGUACUGAUGGAAGGAGUGGUAGUAGUGAUGGUUGAUAUUGUUGGUAGAGCCGGACUCACCGGCGCACGAGCAUUGAAUGUCUGCCGCCCGUUUCUUUACUAUGUAUUCCUGACAGCACAGGGACACCCACACAGUGCUGUGCAAGACAAUGGCUUGCUGACUUAUCUUCCAUUGUCAUGGUUCAGUGCUUCUGUUCAGACGAUUAGUCUUCAGCACGUCGAUGAGUUCGGAGCAGCACAGGAGCCUGGAAAGUGCAGAAAAAUCAUAGCACAUGCGGGGGAAAGCCCGUUUCACGGAACGGUAUAUAAAAUGCAAGACUUAGCUGGUCAAGAACGGGUCGCAUCCAUCGUCCCUGAGAUUGAGGGAGGAGCACCCACAUGGACUGGUGAAAGCACUGUCAGAUCUCGGAUGGAUCAUAGCAGCAGUACUAUAGUUGUCAAUGGGUUUGUGAAAGUGCAUGUGGAAGAGGGACUGCCCGGUCACAUCCUUGAGACCUUCAUAAGAUAA